AAUUAAAAUCAUUUUAUUGCUUCAUUAAAAAUUGCACUCAUUUUGAGUUGAUACCGUCGGUCCAGUACGAACCAUGGGAAAUUUGUCAUCAAAGAUGUUGUCUCACGCUAAAAAACGCGUCCGAGAUGACGAACCCAUCAAAGAAGUAUUCGAAGCGAAGAAGCCAAAAAUCGACUCCAAACAAUUGCAAGUGCUGGAUAUCAACGAUGAUUGCCUACAGAUUGUCUUUGAGUGUUUGGAUUUGGAGGAUUUAUUCAAUGUGGCCGAAGCUCAUUCACAUCUCGUGCCAGCGGCUCGAAUGGUAUUCGCACGUCGGUAUCGCAUGAAGAAAGUCUUCUUGAAUCUGGACCUCGUUCGUUUCAUCGACGACGAUUGCAUCGAAGUCCGAAAAGACGUAGCGGCAGCAUUCUUCCGUUAUUUUGGUGCGGUGGUGUCGAGUUUGUUCAUCAAUUUCGAAGGUCAACGUGAACGUGCUAUUGAGCAAUCGCUGCUUGACCAUUGCCCAGGCACGCUGGUCAAAUUCGAGCUGGCAUUGUGCGACACAAGUAACUUGGACACAAUCGACGAGCCAUUUGGAAAGGUUGAGCAGCUGACGAUCACAAAAUCUUCAUUGAGCAAACGGUUAUCACGGUUGUACGUGUGGUUUCCGAGUCUAACCACCCUGAAAUUGAUCAAUGUGACAUCAGAGAAACCCGAGUAUUUGGUCGCACAUUUGCCACAGCUCAGAAAUUUGGUGAUUUACAAUGAAAAAAUGACAAUCCCAUUGGCAACAAUCAGCGGUAUGCUACGAGCAAAUCCACAACUUGAGUCAUUGGUGCUGUGCUGCGAUUACGAUGCUGAUUUUCUUCAGUCGGUCAGCGCAUCUUUGCGACGUUUGAUUGAGCUCGAGCUAUGGGCGCCCGACGAUCGAUUCUUGUGCUUUGGCGACGAUAAGGUUCGUUUUGAAAGCGUCGAGACGUUUGCACUGAUUGCACCCCAUCUACGGGGUGAAUUCGUUGUGAACAUGCCAUUUGAGUUCACCAAUCUGAAAGAGUUGUAUUUCGACGGUUUCAACGAAUUCAAAGGCCAGCUGAUCAGCUUCAUCAAAGAAAACCACGGUGUACGACAACUCAAUUUGGUGCCGUGCAUUGAUGAUUGGGACGAUUUGACAUUUGCUGACUUGAUGUCUGUCGUCAAUUCACUACCGGAUUUGGUUGAGUUGGAAUUCUGCGGCGACACAUUCAAAAUGGAUGACAUCAUUCAAUUGCUGAUGAUCAACAAGCGGCUGCAAAAGGUACGAGUAGCGUUCAUCGACAUGCCACAUUGGCCCGAUUUUGUAGACGCUAUCGAAACCGAGUGGACACAUGGCGUGUAUUACAACGGUGACAGCACCGACGUGGAAUGCUAUUUCUUCAAGUUGGAUCGAAUUGAAGGUGGAUUGAACUGAAAGGCGAUUUGUAAUGGUGUUGCGAGAGAAAAUCAGAAAUAUUUUGCAUUUAGAACGGAUUGUUUAGGCUAAGCGAAAGAAUUUUUCAUCGAAAACUCAAUCAACAAUCGAAAUUUAAUUGAAAAUUCAAUUUAAUAUUAGAAUUAGAUCGAGAUUUUUAUAUAAGAAAUGUCAAAGCAUG